AUGCGAUCUUGCCGACUUGUUGUUGAUACUGGUAUUCAUUGGAAAAGAUGGUCUCGUGAACAAACUAUUGAUUAUAUGAUGGAAAAUACAUGUAUGAACAAGGAAGAGAUUAUUACAGAAGUUGAGCGAUAUUUUGUAUUUCCUGGACAAGCUUGUUCAUAUAUGAUUGGCUGUCAAACAAUUUUAUCAUUACGAGAAAAAGCACAAUUAGCCCUUGGUGAUAAAUUUGACUUGAAGAAAUUUCAUGAUGCGGUUUUGUUACAUGGUUCAUUACCGUUAAAUGUACUAGAAAAUAUAAUCGAUGAGUACAUUAAAGAACAACGCAAAGAUAUGUGA